GAAGAAUUUCUCCAUUUCAACUUUGAAAAAGUGAUGAAGAACCUUUUUUAACACAUGAAUAAUAAUUUUUAAUUGAUUCUUUUACCUUAAGGCCGCCUUUGACUACAAUUACAUCGUGUACAACUCGGAAGACUUUUGCCUAUAUAAAUUAAGGAAGUUGCGACAAACAACUUGUUCAUAAGUUCAAAGAAAAAAAAGAAAGCUUACUUCCAUAGACAUCUUCCAGCUAGCAAUAAUAUUAUCCCAUCCAAAACACACAAAAAAAAUGGCCGAAGAAAACCAUGCACAGCCGCUGGCGCCGCCGCAUGUAUACCGGAGAAGCGACGACCAAGAGUACUGGCCGAGGAAAAUCUACUCAAAACUUCAUUAUAUUCCCCGAAGGGAAACUUCAUGCAGUAAAUGUUUCGUCUUCUUCUUCACACUUCUUGUCUUUGUCUGCCUAGCUUUCCUGGUUUUCGCGUUACUAGUAUUUCGCAUCGAUUAUCCGAAGCUCAAACUCGAUUCGGUUCAAGCUAAAGUCCUCCAGUUCAGCAGUUCAAACAAUUUGGCCUCCUUGAACAUGACUAUUGGGGCAGAAAUCAAGCUAAGUAACGACAAUUUUGGCACGUUCAAGUUUCGGAACGGAAGCAUAUCCGUCGUGCACGAGAACACGACUCUCGGCACGACGAAUAUUGGUUCCGGAUUUGUCAGAGGAAGAAAGCGUGAGAGGAUCAACCUUUUUGUUCAAGUGAGGGCUCAGAAUAUGAAUAUCAGUAUUGUUAAUGAUUUGGUGAAGAUGAAGAGUUUUGCUGAGUUGAGAGGUGAAAUUAGAGUAGUUAAGAUUAUUAGGACUCAUAGAACUUCCUUUAUGAACUGUAGCAUGAACCUAAAUGUAACUAGCCAAGUUAUCCAGGAUCUCCAAUGCUUGUGAUGAUUUUCUUAACUAAAAGAAACUUUUGGUCUCUAUUUUUUGUUAUUAAUUUAUCGGACAUUAUCCUUUGAAAUGAUGGAUUAAUACUCUUAUCGUUCCUCGAAAAAGCAAAUAAUGUUUUUUUAACCUGAAAAUACAACAAAUAGGACUUUUAUUCUGGGUUAUAGGAG